AUGACACCCCUCAUGGACGUGAGGGUGUUUGAGCCUCUCGCCUCCAGCUUGACAAACCAGACACCCGGAUACAGCUUUCAUGGUCGACAGACGAGUGAUACUCUUGCUAGGCCGCUCGAUGCUUGGAGGGACAAGUUGAAGGAUCGUGGAGCAAUCAUUGCGGCACGUAGGCAAGGCCACCAAUCUAUCACUAUCGGCUGCCUUUCGAUGUCGAAUCUGGCGGCAUAUAGAUCACGCCGAGCGCAUGCGUUCGGUUGUUAUCAGUAGCCAAGAGUUGGUGAAGUUAUCUGCGUGGCGACAUCGAAGAUCAACGUCUCAUCGUUAGAGCUCCGGAGGUGAUGCCUUCACUGCUCGUUGAGGAGCAAUUACCCCCUCAAUGA